AUGAAGUGUAUUAAGACGCUACUAGUUCUAUGUGUGUUAACGACAGUCAGUGCUGAGUUAUAUGAGUUAAAUAUUGUGCAUUACAAUGAUUUUCAUGCAAGAUUUGUAGAAACGAGCUUGUCAGGUGGAGUUUGUAAUCCUUCUGUAGCACCAUGUAUAGGAGGGUUUGCUCGCUUAGCGACUCUUAUACGCGAGGCCCUGGUGAAAGAACCUGAUUCCUUAGUUUUAAAUGGAGGAGACUCAUUUCAAGGUACUAUUUGGUAUAACUUACUGGGAUGGAACGCUACUCAGGAUUUUAUGAAUAUGGUGCAUCACGAUGCUCAUGUGCUAGGUAACCAUGAGUUUGAUAAUGGCAUUGAUGGAGUUGUUCCAUAUCUUGAAACCUUGAAAUCUCCAGUGGUUACUGCUAACAUUAUUGAUGAUGAGGAGCCAACCAUACAAGGUUUAUACAAACCCAGCAUUAUCGUUACAAAAAAAGGCCGAAGAAUAGGAAUUAUUGGUGUAAUAAUAGCUAGUACUAAUGAACUAGCGUCGACAGGAAAACUUAAGUUUACUGAUGAAGUAGAAACUGUUAAAAGGGAAGCUGAAAAACUGAAUGAGCAAGGAGUAGACAUUAUAGUAGUUCUGUCUCAUUGUGGACUAGAUAUUGAUAGGCAAAUAGCAUUGCACGCUGGUCCAUACAUAGACAUAGUUGUGGGUGGACACAGCCACUCUCUUCUAAUCAAUUCUGACCCUCCGGAAGGCGUACCUUUCAGCUCCGAAGGCCCAUACCCAACUAUAGUGGAGCAAGAAAACAGAUCAGUACUGAUAGUGCAAGCUGCCGCUCACACAGCAUUUUUGGGAGAAAUAAAACUAUACUUCAAUGAGCAGGGCGAUUUAAUAAGCUGGGAAGGACAUCCUCAUUUCAUUGACAAUGAUGUAGAACAAGCUCCAGAUGUUCUUCAAAAAAUAGAAGAGUACUUGCCAGUUAUAAGUGAAAGAGCAAAUGAAUUAGUAGGCGUCUCUAAAGUAUACUUGGAGUCUAGCUGUGCCUGCAAGGAGUGUAAUCUUGGUAGCUUUAUAUGCGAUGCCUUUAUUGACGCAGUCAUCGAUAAAGCUGUGGGCGAGCAAUGGGGCUACGCACAUAUAUGUCUCAUAAAUCAAGGCGGCAUCAGAACCUCUAUAGAACCAGGAAAUAUAACAUUCGAAAGUCUACUACUGUCUACUCCAUUUGAGAAUAGAGUAGAAGUUUUUGAUUUACAAGGGAAAUACAUAUUGGACACGCUGGAGUACGCUGUAGCUAACGUCCCGUGGCCCGGCGCUAGGAUGGUGCAAGUUUCAGGAUUGCGAGCAGUAUUCGACGGAAAUCGAACCAUGAACAACAGAAUAGUCAGCGCUUCCAUACGCUGUAUUGACUGCGAUGUGCCCCGCUAUGAGCCUAUAGAUCCGAAUAAAAUGUAUAAAGUUAUAUCGCAAAGCUUUAUUGCGGGAGGGGGCGAUGGAUUUACGUUUAGUUACAACAAAAUGGUAUUCAUGUAUGUAAAUGGAGGGGCCAUAAAUAUGAAACCAGGAGGUCUCCGAGUAGUAUACGAUGGUUCGAAGCCAUUAGGCAAUCGAGUACUAAAUGUAACAAUACGUUGUAUAGAAUGUGACGUACCUAGAUAUUUACCACUGGAAACUGACCGAUAUUAUAAAGUUGUAUCUCAGGACUUUAUUGCAAAUGGUGGAGGAGGUUAUACUAUGAUUUCUGAAAACCGUAGAAACGUGGAAGUCGUAGGCGUUGACAACGUCGUACUAAUGCAGUACUUGAGGCGCCAGUCUCCUCUUAUAAAAGAUUUGGAUGGAAGAAUUCAAAUAAGCAAUCCUUGUAUAGCAAAUGAAGUUGCAGAAGAAGAG